UCAGCUGUCAUUUCAGCCGACAGCUUGCAAAUGACAAUUUAGCUGCAAAAUAGUCGCCGAAAACGUUCUGAGUGUUGGAAUUUGUUUACUUUCCUCCGUUGGCAUUUUUAAUGGUAAAGUUUUUAUAUCAACAAAAUGGUAUUCUAUUUCACGACCAACGUGGUUUCGCCGCCUCUGACUCUCUUCAUGGGUGCUGACAAAUACGAAAAUGAGGACUUAAUCAAGUGGGGCUGGCCCGAAGAUGUAUGGUUUCAUGUGGACAAACUCUCGUCUGCCCAUGUUUAUUUGCGAUUGAAAAAGGGUCAAACAAUCGACGACAUUCCGGCUGCGGUGAUAGACGAUGCGGCUCAGUUGGUGAAGGCAAACAGCAUCACCGGCAACAAAAUGAACAACAUCGACGUUGUUUACACCAUGUGGGAAAACCUGAAGAAAACGGCGGGGAUGGAAGUGGGACAGGUCUCAUUCCACCGUGACAAAGACGUCCGGAAAGUACGCGUCGAAAAACGCAUAAACGAAAUAGUGAACCGCCUGAAUAAAACCAAAGUGGAAGACCACCCCGACUUCCGGGCGGCGCGAGAGAAACGUGACGCCGAGGAACGGGAGGACAAGAAGAAAUUGCUGCGGGAACAGAAGGAGCGCGAGAAAGAGGAGGAGAAGCGGCGACAAGAGGAAGCAGAGCUGCGCAGCUACAGCAGCCUAAUGAAAGCGGACAAGAUGACGACCAACUAUGACGACGGAAAUGACUCAGACGACUUUAUGUAAAACAAAACCAAUAAAAGUUUAUAAGUUUAUC